CAAGGUAUCGGGUACUCUGCAGUGGUACCAGUCACUGAUGCCCUCUUGAAGUAUUUUUGUAUUUGAAAAAAACACAUUAAGGUGUCAUAGUUCAGUGAAAAAUUUAACAUGCGUUGUGGAGAAUACCUUUCGAAAAAUACGAGUAGACAAAAUGGUUAUUUGAUAAAGAGAAACUUAUUUAUAGAUUAACAUGUUUAUGCAAGCCACCACAACUUUCCAUAAGCCUUCUGCUAAUGACACAGACUUUGACCAAAUUUUUUUGUGUUUAAAGUAAAGGUGCCAUGUCUUCGAUAUGUUUAUCCUUUGAGUAUUGGGAACUUUGUGUUUAGAGAUAUGCUAAAGCUGAUACUGGCCUCUGUGACGCUUGUGUGAGGAUUGUUUUAUCUUCACUUCUGGUGUGUUUCUGCUCUAUUUGAUAGGAAGGACUUUCAUUUUUACUCUGAUACUCAUAGGGGACAAUAACCUUCAUAGAGGGCUUGAAAUGGAAAAAAAAAUCUCCCAAUGUAUUAAUUCUUGGUGACUGAUACUCGAGUGAUCGCAGCUGAUCACCUUAUUCAUUCCAUCUUGUUCAUGAAAAUCUCUCAAUUGAUUUGCAAGCAAAUUUGCUUAAUGAUGUCACAAGGAGGAUGUGGGUAUUAUUACAUUGGCGUCAGACAUCCAUUCAACACGUUUUCCAUGUGGUGGCAAUAAAACUUGCCUGAAAGAAGGUGUGAUCAAAUUGAGCAGUCUAAAUAUAAGGAGCUGCAAGAGAAGAGUCAGCCAACGUGACUUGCAUUGGUGAUGGGAACUGUGGCAGCCAUGAGGUGGAAAUGUGUCGCUUGGUAUUUUCUCACUUUGUUUGUUGUCACUGAAGUCAAGGCCAGACUGGUCGGCAACCAUGUCAGCAGUAUCUGUAGCACAUGGGGCAGAGAGCACUUUAAGACAUUCGACGGCGACGUUUACCAGUUUUCCGGCGCGUGCGAGUACAACCUUGCUUCCGACUGCCACGAGGCCAUGCAGGAGUUCUCGGUGCAUAUGAGGAGGGAGCAGAAUGAUGGGAACCCCACUGUGGCCUAUGUGGUGGUCACGAUCAACGACCUUGCUUUCCACCUCACCAAGGAAGCGGUCACGGUUAAUGAACAAACGGUCAUGUUGCCAUACUAUAACAGUGGAGUUCAAGUGGAAAAUAAUGCCGUCUACAUCAAACUGCAGUCUCAAGUUGGCCUUGUGGUCAUGUGGAAUGGUGACGAUGCAGUCAUGGUUGAGGUGGAUCGUGAUUACGCUAAUCGCACUUGUGGACUCUGUGGCGAUUACAACGGUGUUCCUGUCUACAAUGAAUUGCUUUACAAUGAUCGAAUAAUCAGCCACAUCGAGUUUGGCAAUAACCAGAAGGUUCAUCACGCAAAUGAUGAUUGUGAGGACCCCUUUGAGGAGUUUGGAGAACUUGAAGAUGUUCCAGCUGUGGAUUCAUGCGAGGAGUUUAAAACAACCUGCAACCAAAUGCUGCUUUCAGAGCCUUGGAGCUCCUGCGCGCAGCUAAUUGACCCUGCGCCCUACGUGCAGGCUUGCGCGCAGGACAUGUGCGGGUGCAGCAACAGCACCAAUGACACCUGUGUCUGCAGCACCCUAUCCGAGUUCUCUCGACAGUGUUCCCAUGCUGGCGGAAUGCCUCCCAACUGGAGGACACCGGAGUUCUGUGCCAAAAAAUGUCCUUACAACAUGGUCUACGAGGAGAGCGGUUCUCCUUGCAUGGACACAUGCACACACCAGGAUACCAGUUCUCUGUGUGAGGAACACCGAAUGGAUGGCUGCUUCUGCCCCGCUGGCACUGUAUUUGAUGACAUUUCUAUGAGAGGGUGCAUUGAUCAAUCGGAGUGUCAGUGCAAACAUGGAAGAAUCUAUAACUCUAGCGAGGGCUACCAACAAGGCAGAGAGAUAUGUACAUGUUUUCAGGGCAGAUGGUCUUGUGAGUAUCUUCAGGGCCCGGCCACGUGCGCAGUGGAGGAGGGUUCCCAUAUAACCACCUUCGAUGGCAAAUCUUACACCUUCCACGGGGAUUGUUAUUACACACUAGCCAAGGUGGAAAGCAAGGAUGCCUCCAGUCCAAAGUUUACCAUCCAGGUGCAGUUAGUGCCUUGUAUAAACCAACGGUUUGAUACUUGUCUCAAGGCACUUAAAAUCCUGCUUAACAAUGACAGAAACAACGUGUUAACGUUCAUUUCUGAUGGGAUGGUCAAGCAGAACCAGCAAACCAUUACGUUGCCGUAUUAUACAGCGGACAUCAACAUAUUCCAUGCUUCAUCUUUUCACAUCCUACUUCAUACGAGUUUUGGGUUGCAAAUUCAGAUUCAGCACGUGCCUCUUAUGCAAGUGUAUGUGCGGCUGAACGAGAGCUACAACGGAAAGACGCGUGGUUUAUGUGGCAACUACAAUCUGGUCAUGUCUGAUGAAUUGAAAACCCCUCAGGGGAUUGUGGAGGGGACAGCCACUUCGUUUAGCAACACCUGGAAGUCCAACCUCAUGUGCCGAGACACGAGGGAAAGACUUGAUGACCCCUGUUCUCUGAGUGUGGAAAAUGACUUGUACGCCAAACAUUGGUGUGCCUUGCUGUUACGCCCAAAUAGCACCUUUGAACAGUGCCAUUCCUUUGUGGAUCCUGAGGCGUACUACAAGCGGUGCACUUACGCCAGCUGCAACUGCGACAAGAGUGAAGCCUGCUUGUGUGCUGUCUUCUCCUCCUAUGCCCGAGCUUGUGCAUCAAAGGGAGUCUUCUUGAUGGACUGGAGAGCCAACGUGUGUGACAAAUACACAAGGACCUGCCCACAAUCUCAGAUCUUCUCGUACAAACAUCAACGAUGCGAGCUGACCUGUCGAUCGUUGAGUUCAACAUUGCAGACUUGCAACUCUGACUUCCUGCCUGUGGACGGUUGCUCCUGCCCCGAGGGUCAAUACCUUGAUGACCAUGCCAUCUGCAUCCCCAAAGAAAAGUGUCCGUGUUAUCACAAUGAGGCCAUCAUCCCGCCCGGGAAGUCCAUCAACAUCAAAGACGAACACUGUGUGUGCAGUAAUGGGGUGCUGCAUUGCCACUCAUGGAGAGCCCGCUCAUCAGUAUGUCCUCCACACAAAAUGUACUUCAACUGCUCCAGUCCUGGCUCAGGACAACUUGGAGUCCAGUGUGCACCAACUUGUUUAAAUCUGGACAGCGAUGAUUGUGACUCCAAUGAUUGUGAAUCAGGCUGUCAGUGUCCAGAUGGGCUUUUUGACGAUGGCAGAGGUUUCUGUGUAGAAAAGUCACAAUGUCCAUGUAAACAUGAUGGAAAAUUCUAUGCUGCCGGAACUCAAAUACCAAAUCAGUGCAACACAUGUACGUGCAGAAGUGGAAAAUGGGAGUGCACCGAGGAAAAAUGCCCUGGAACCUGCAUUAUUUAUGGAAGUGGUCAUUAUAACACAUUUGAUCAGCGGACGUAUGCCUUUCAAGGUCUCUGCAGCUACGUUGCAGUCAAGAACAAAUGUGGCAAUAAAACAGCACAGGACAACAUUGGAGUUAUCACUGAGAAUGUCGCAUGCGGCUCCACAGGCACCACAUGCUCGAAAACUGUCCGGAUCCAGUUGGGGCGAAUGGAAAUUAAACUAUUCAAAGGAAAGUAUGAAGAGGUCGACCUGGGACAAGGAAACCAAAUCAAGUACACGAUUAGGACAGUGGGCAUGUAUCUGGUGGUAGAAUCUGUCAUUGGCAUGGCAGUGAUGUGGGAUCGCAAAACAACCGUUCGCAUUCUUUUAGAACCUCAGCACAGUGGAGAAGUAUGCGGCCUGUGUGGAGAUUUUGAUGGCAAUGAACAAAAUGACUUCACCAUUCAGGGUCAGCAGCAAGUGACAAAUGUGUUAGAAUUUGCAAACAGCUGGAAAACCAGCAGCAAUUGCCCGAAUGUGGAAACACACGUUGACCCAUGUACGGCAAAACCGUCUCGUCACCACUGGUCGAAAAUGAUGUGCGGCAUUAUAACUGGAAAAACAUUCCAAGCCUGCCACAAUACGGUGGAUCCGCUUCCGUUUUAUGAAAACUGUGUGAAAGACUCAUGUGCCUGUGACACUGGAGGCGACUGUGAAUGUUUCUGCACAGCAGUUGCAGCCUAUGCUCAAGCUUGUAAUGAGGCUGGUGUAUGUGUUGCAUGGAGAACACCAGACAUCUGCCCUGUCUACUGUGAUUACUAUAACAACCCAGAUGAAUGCCGAUGGCACUACAACCCAUGUCAUCAACCUUGCUACAAAACCUGCUUGAAUGUUGAGGGAAUUUGUAGCAACCCCUUACCCAACCUGGAGGGUUGUUAUCCUGUGUGUCCAGAAGAUAAGCCCAUAUUUGAUGAAGAUCACCAGAUAUGUGUUGAAGAAUGUGAAGGUUGUUUCUACAAUGGAACAAGAUAUGAGGAAUAUGAAGUUAUUUACAAUGUGACUGACAACCUUGGAAUGUGCUACUAUGCCAUAUGUAUAAAUAGAACAGUAAUAUUUGGAAAUGAAACCUGUGCUACGACAACAGCCCCUCCACCAACAACUCCUGUAACUGAAGGGCCGACCACUACCACUGAAGAAGUAACCAGAACAACAAGGUCCACGACUACUUUAUCAACAGAAUCUCCGACUACAACUGAAGGAAAAACUACAACCACAAAAUCAACAUCAGGACCUCCUUUAAGUUCAACAACAGUUGAGGAACCUGUAACCAUACAGACUACCACCCCAGCAACUGGCUCUGUUGUGACUGAAAGUACGACAACUGUAACAAAAUCUACAACAACCACAAUAGGACGCACCACGACAACUGAAGGUCCAACGACAACCAAACCCUCAGGACCCAGUACCACAACAGAAGGUCCAACGACCACAACUAAAUCUACAACCACAUCGGCAGGACCAAGCACCACAACUGAAGGUCCAACUACCACAACUAAAUCUACAACCACAUCCGCCGGACCAAGCACCACAACUGAAGGUCCAACUACCACAACUAAAUCUACAACCACAUCCGCAGGACCAAGCACCACAACUGAAGGUCCAACGACAACCACAUCCGCAGGACCAAGCACCACAACAGAAGGUCCAACUACCACAACUAAAUCUACAACCACAUCCGCAGGACCAAGCACCACAACUGAAGGUCCAACUACCACAACUAAAUCUACAACCACAUCCGCCGGACCAAGCACCACAACUGAAAGUCCAAAGACAACCACACCCUCGGGACCCAGUACCACAACAGAAGGUCCAACGACCACAACUAAAUCUACAACCACAUCGGCAGGACCAAGCACCACAACUGAAGGUCCAACUACCACAACUAAAUCUACAACCACAUCCGCAGGACCAAGCACCACAACUGAAGGUCCAACUACCACAACUAAAUCUACAACCACAUCCACCGGACCAAGCACCACAACUGAAGGUCCAACGACAACCACACCCUCGGGACCCAGUACCACAACAGAAGGUCCAACGACCACAACUAAAUCUACAACCACAUCCGCAGGACCAAGCACCACAACUGAAGGUCCAACGACAACCACACCCUCGGGACCCAGUACCACAACAGAAGGUCCAACUACCACAACUAAAUCUACAACCACAUCCGCAGGACCGAGCACCACAACUGAAGGUCCAACUACCACAACUAAAUCUACAACCACAUCCGCAGGACCAAGCACCACAACAGAAGGUCCAACUACCACAACUAAAUCUACAACCACAUCGGCAGGACCAAGCACCACAACUGAAGUUCCAACUACCACAACUAAAUCUACAACCACAUCCGCCGGACCAAGCACCACAACUGAAGGUCCAACGACCACAACUAAAUCUACAACCACAUCCGCAGGACCAAGCACCACAACUGAAGGUCCAACGACAACCACACCCUCGGGACCCAGUACCACAACAGAAGGUCCCACAACCACAACUAAAUCUACAACCACAUCCGCAGGGCCAAGCACCACAACUGAAGGUCCAACUACCACAACUAAAUCUACAACCACAUCCGCCGGACCAGGCACCACAACUGAAGGUCCAACUACCACAACUAAAUCUACAACCACAUCCGCCGGACCAAGCACCACAACUGAAGGUCCAACUACCACAACUAAAUCUACAACCACGUCCGCAGGACCAAGCACCACAACUGAAGGUCCAACUACCACAACUAAAUCUACAACCACAUCUGCAGGACCAAGCACCACAACUGAAGGUCCAACUACCACAACUAAAUCUACAACCACGUCCGCAGGACCAAGCACCACAACUGAAGGUCCAACUACCACAACUAAAUCUACAACCACAUCCGCCGGACCAAGCACCACAACAGAAGGUCCAACUACCACAACUAAAUCUACAACCACAUCCGCCGGACCAAGCACCACAACUGAAGGUCCAACGACAACCACAUCCGCAGGACCAAGCACCACAACUGAAGGUCCAACUACCACAACUAAAUCUACAACCACAUCUGCAGGACCAAGCACCACAACUGAAGGUCCAACUACCACAACUAAAUCUACAACCACAUCCACCGGACCAAGCACCACAACUGAAGGUCCAACUACCACAACAAAAUCUACAACCACAUCCGCAGGACCAAGCACCACAACUGAAGGUCCAACGACAACCACACCCUCGGGACCCAGUACCACAACAGAAGGUCCAACUACCACAACUAAAUCUACAACCACAUCGGCAGGACCAAGCACCACAACUGAAGGUCCAACUACCACAACUAAAUCUACAACCACAUCCGCAGGGCAAAGCACCACAACUGAAGGUCCAACGACAACCACAACCUCAGGACCCAGUACCACAACAGAAGGUCCAACUACCACAACUAAAUCUACAACCACAUCGGCAGGACCAAGCACUACAACUGAAGGUCCAACUACCACAACUAAAUCUACAACCACAUCCGCCGGACCAAGCACCACAACUGAAGGUCCAACUACCACAACUAAAUCUACAACCACAUCCGCAGGACCAAGCACUACAACUGAAGGUCAAACUACCACAACUAAAUCUACAACCACAUCAGCAGGACCAAGCACCACAACUGAAGGUCCAACUACCACAACUAAAUCUACAACCACAUCCGCCGGACCAAGCACCACAACUGAAGGUCCAACUACCACAACUAAAUCUACAACCACAUCCGCAGGACCAAGCACCACAACUGAAGGUCCAACGACAACCACAUCCGCAGGACCAAGCACCACAACAGAAGGUCCAACUACCACAACUAAAUCUACAACCACAUCGGCAGGACCAAGCACCACAACUGAAGGUCCAACUACCACAACUAAAUCUACAACCACGCCAUUUGGCCCCACCACCACAACUGAAGGUCCGUCAACUACAACCACAUCCGCAGGAUCCACCACCACAACUGAAGGUCCAACUACCACAACUAAAUCUACAACCACCACAUCAGGACCAGUCACAACAACUGAAGGUCCAACAACUACAAUUAGUUCUACAUCCACAUCCGCAAGACCCACUACCACAACUGAAGAACCAAGCACCAUCACAACAACUCCAGGCCACACAACACAGUGCUUCUGUGUUGUAAAUGGCAAACACUACAAUCCAGGUGAAAUCAUUUAUGACAUGAAACACAUUGGAUCAGGAGUUUGUCUCACAAUGAUUUGUUCUGAUAUUUGUGAGAUUCACAAUAAGACUGAACCUUGCUCGACCACGCCCGGGCCAAACCCCACCCCCACUGUUCCUUUGUGCCCUGAAUGGGAUGUGGUGCAAAAUGAGACCUUCUUGUUGUGUAACUGCACUAUGGCGAGAUGCAUCGAGAACAACACGAUUGAAAUUAUUCCAUACCAGUGUCCACCCUUAAAGAACAUCACCUGCACCAAUGGAAAGAAUCCUGUUCUUGUUUAUGAUGAGAACUACUGCUGCCAACAUUAUGUUUGUGACUGUGAAUGUAAAGGCUGGGGAGAUCCCCAUUACAUCACAUUUGAUGGCCUUUACUACAGCUAUCAAGGAAACUGUACCUACGUUCUCAUGGAGGAGAUUACACCAAAGUACAACUUAAAAAUUUAUGUUGACAACGUCUACUGUGAUGCCACUCAACAUGUUUCCUGCCCGAGGUCAUUAAUUAUAUCGUACAAAUCGGACGUAAUUGUACUCAAGAGCCAAAAUCUCAUUGGAGCCUCAGUACUGGAGGCCUUCAAAGAUGAAAAGCGUUUGAGACUUCCCUAUUUACAACAAGACAUUAAGAUCUUCAAUUCUGGCAUUGACUUGGUUGUCGAGAUUGUGCCCAUAGAAGUGAUUAUUACCUUUGGAUUCAGUGACUUCACUGUCAACCUGCCCUCUAAGUACUUUGACAGCAACACACAGGGCCAGUGUGGCAGAUGCAACAACAACCAGGCAGAUGACUGCAUGGUGCCCGGAGGCCAGAUUGUGCAGAGCUGCAGUGUGAUGGCAGACUUUUGGCCUGCCAAAGACAUUUACCAACCAAACUGCCAGAUUCCAUCUGUGAUCCCGACCGACCAGCCUCUACCCCCACCUACACUAACUCCAUGCAAGCCAGACUCUGAAUGUGAUCUGCUCUUGAGCAGUGUCUUUGAAAAGUGCCACCCCUUUGUCAAUCCCAAUGAUUACUAUCAAGGAUGUGUUUUUGACAACUGCCACGUCUCCAACCCAGCAAUAGAGUGCACAAGCUUGGACAUGUAUGCCGAUGCCUGUGCUCAGGCUGGAGUUUGUUUGCACUGGAGGAAUCAUACCACACACUGUGAAAGUGAUUGCCCUCCCGACAAAGUCUACAAACCAUGUGGUCCUGCAGAGCAGCCGACCUGUGAAAACAGUCCCAAUGAACAGAGGCUCGACUACAUAACUGAAGGCUGCUUUUGUCCUGAUGGAAUGAUGCUAUUCAACAAAGAGUCUGGCAUAUGUGUCGAUAAGUGCGGGUGUAUUGAUCCUGAGGGUAUUCCUCGUGAGUUUAAUGAAAGGUUUGAGUACAAGUGCCAAAACUGCAUCUGCGAGGAGGCCAGCAAGACCAUCACAUGCCAACCAAAGGUUUGCCCACCAUCGCCUGUUGUCAAUUGCACCAUUCCAGGCUUCGUCCUCAUCAACCAAACCAACCCAGCAGACCCGUGCUGCUCUGUCCUAUCUUGCCGAUGUCAAAGCAAUACUUGUCCACACGUCGACAUGGUGUGUCCAAUUGGAUUUACUGUAGUUGUCAGUGUGCCAGAGGGGAAAUGCUGUCCAGAACACACAUGCGAGCCGAAAAAUGUUUGUGUCCACAAAAAUGCUGAAUAUCAGCCUGGUGAGUCGGUUCCUGUGGUUCCAUGUCAGGACUGUAUCUGUACCAACCUGGUGGACCCAAAAACUGGUUUAUUACAAGUAAAUUGCGAGGUUCAGCAAUGCCAGCGACUAUGUGAACAGGGUUAUAGAUACGUCGAACCCAGGACAAAUGAAUGCUGUGGAAGGUGUGUACAGACACACUGCAUCUUCAACGUUAGUGGUAGUGAGCAGGUGCUCAGGCAAGGUGAUACAUGGUCCCCAGCAGACGAUAAGUGUGAGCAUUACACAUGCGUGAGGAACGCUGAGACUUUAACAGCCAUCGGCACACGAAUUGUGUGUCCGCCAUUCCAGCGAAGCAACUGCCAACCUGACACCAUUCAAACUGCAGCAAAUGGAUGUUGUCAAGUUUGUGUGGAGCAGGAGAAGGCUUGUAAGCCAGUGCAGAAUAGAAUGUACAUCACGCACAAGAACUGCCAAUCCAUGGAGGAGGUAGAUAUUCCAUAUUGUGAAGGAUCUUGCAACACUUACACCAGGUACUCAGAGGAGACAUCCACCCUGCAGCCUACCUGCUCCUGUUGUAAGGGGUUCCGUUCUAGCAAUCGCACCGUUGACUUGUUGUGUCUCAAUGGAGACAUUGUUCCCUACACCUACAUCCACAUGGACGAGUGUAGAUGCGCCCUCAGCGACUGCACCCAAACUGUGGCAGCUCCAGCCAGAAGGAGGCGAAGUUUUACCCACUUCUAACUUCCAAGUCAACUGGGCCAACCACUCAACAAGUAAAAUUAGUACACUUGUUCAGGUAUCGACAUUCAAAAUCAAAUAAAAGUACAGCAUCUUGUGUC